GAUCGGCAGCCCCAGAAGCAGAUGAGAAAAACUUCCCCCUGACCUCUGAAGGCUCAGAGGUCAUCUCCUCUUCCCCGGAUCAGUCCGUAACCAUCUCCACCCCUGCAGCAGCAGCUGGGAUGGUGUUUGUCGGCUCGCUUCCCUCCGCUGCCACCGUCCUGCUGGUGGGGGCCAAUGAAGUGGUCACUCAGACCCUAAUGUCUACAUCAGUGGUAACAGAAACAGAAGUACUGGAGCUGAGACCUGGAACUCCUCCUGAGUUCAUGCCGGAAGACGCCGCCAGUCCCGCCUCCAGUAACCUCGGUGGUCUGGACUCUGCAGCAGAAAAGAUGCCUCAGAAAUCACCUGAGGAGGAACCGUCUGGAGGAACAAAGUGUGCUUCAAGGACGCCUGAUAAAACUGAAGAAGGUAUGGCUGUUAGCUUUUAAUUAGAUGUUGGGUGGGCUACUAAUUGGCUUCAUCUUCUCUUUUAGUUUCAUCUAACAACACAAACGAGGAGACACGAUUCCAGCCAGACGGAAUGCAGGGGAGAAGCCUGAGGAGAACAGCCUCACAGGCAGGAAAGCGCUUCUUCUGCGAGCAUUGUGACACUGGUUUCCACUGGAAAGGAGACCUGAAGAAACACAUGAAGUUCCAUAAAAAGCCUUUUCCUUGUGAGCAGUGCAGCAAAAGUUUCACAGAGAGCGAGGCUCUCGAGAGUCACCUUCUGAGUCACGAGUCCACGAAGGCCACGCUGCCGUUCCCCUGUCCUUAUUGCAAGAGGUCGUACAAGAAAGAGGAGUCGCUUCAGAACCACCUCCAAUGCCACCAGACGUCAAAGACGCCGAAGCCUUUCCCUUGCGAUCAGUGCAACAAAUCGUUCAAAGCUCAGCAGUCUCUGGAAAACCACCUCCUUCGCCACGAGAAGUGGAAGCAGCAGUUCAAGUGUCACUUGUGUGAGAAAACCUGCAAGACGGCGGUCCAGCUGAGGUCCCACAUGGCCGUGCACUCAGAGGAACGGCCGUUCAGCUGCGCGACGUGCGGAAAAGAGUUCAAGAGCAAAGACACCCUCCGCUUCCACCAGAUGGUCCACACUACCUCCAAAAAAUACAAAUGCACCAUGUGUGAGGAGUCCUUUAAGUACGCCCACUCACUGACCGUACACAAGAGGAAGCACACCGGAGACAGUCCAUUCGUCUGCGACGUCUGCAACAGGUCCUACAGAACGGGCACGGCUUUGAAAAGACACAAGGUGAUUCACACGGGGGAGAAACCUUUCACCUGCCACAUUUGUGGAGCGAGGUUCAACCUCAAUAACAACCUGAAGAGGCAUCUGCGCAUCCACACAGGCGAGAAGCCGUUCACCUGCAAGGACUGCGGAAAAAGCUUCUCGGACAACAACAAGCUCAAGUCCCACAUGCUCAUCCACGGCGCCAGGAAGCCCUUCAUGUGCGACCUCUGCGGGAAGACCUUCCUCUUCAACUGCAGGCUGCAGAUGCAUCAGAGGUACGUCCACGCCGACAACUCCCACGGAUCGGACAGCGUUUUCCAGAACAGACGGCCCAAGUCGCUGGUCAAACCGUUCAGCUGCAAAACGUGCCUGAAGGGCUUCAGCGCGGCGUGCUCACUCAAGCUCCACGAAAAAGGUCACAGCGAGCACAAGGAGUUUAACUGCAGCAUCUGUGGGAAGGCCUUUCACAACAAAUACUCCUUCAGCUACCACCAGCGCAGCCACUCGGGGGACAAGCCCUUCAUCUGCGACGUCUGCGGAAAGAGCUUCUUCCACAGCGCCAGCCUGAAGCAGCACGAGCGGAUUCACACGGGCGAGAAACCCUACAAGUGCGACCAGUGCGGCAAAGAGUUCAGGACUGAUGGAAACUUCUACAGGCACAUGAGGAUCCACACGGGGGUGAAACCGUUCGAAUGCAGCUACUGUCAGAAGAAGUUUCACCAGUCCAAUCAGCUCAAAUCCCACCUGCAGGUUCACACUGGCCAGAAGCUCUACUCGUGUCAGCAGUGUGGGCGGGGCUUCUCCGAUUCAAGGCAGCUCAAGAAGCACAGCUGUGACGUUCUGUAGCGUCAAACUGGGUUCUCAUGUGGGAUUGAGCUUGAACAGAUCUCUAUUUUAAUAAACUUGAUGAUUUGAGCAGUAGUUUGAUAGCACCAAAGGGAUGUUUGUUGGGUUUUUUUUAACAUAACUGCUACUCUGCAAAGGCAUGUCAUCACAGUUAAUAUUUAAGUGAUAAAUCACAAACCAUCCAAAUACAUCUAGCCAGUGGCAGCAUGAAAUGGCAUUUGAAACUGUGUUUGAGGAAACUUUUUAAACAUUAAUCUUACCCAUUUAUUGUUGCAGUUCUCAUUAUGGAUUCAGAGCUGUUCUUUCAACUUUUAAGGAUUUUACAGUUAGCUGGAGUUUAAGUGUAAUUUAUUUUCCUAAUACAUUACGAAACAAAACAUUGGUUUCAAAACUAUUAUUUUUGUAAAAGAAAAAUGAAAGCUUUAAAUGAUUUGUAACAUAGAGUUCUCUGUGACAUGACAGCAAGUAUAUUUCUUCCAAAUGUACAGAUUUUUGCCGAUAAAUAGAUGAAAUGGAAACUUUUAUUUUGAAAAGAUUUUCCGGGUUUAAUUCCAUUUCCGGUAGUAGGGUCCUGGACUAGCUUCAUGUUUAACUGCCAGGUUAUCAUAAUAAAAUAAAGAAUUAAAAAUGG